UUUUGAUUGUAGAAGUAUAUAAAUAUGCACACAUUAUGUACAAAUAUAUGAAUUGUGAAGAAAUAAGUUGGUGAAAAAUUGGAAAGACUCUUUAAACUGAACAGGAAUGACCAGAAAUAUUUUUUUACGAGAUUUCAGUUGUGACACACACGAUGCACGCACGUGCACACAUUGGCUGCAGGAGGGACAUGAGUGGGAAUCACCGGAGUGCUCUGCAGUUGUUAGCGUUGUUUGUCUGUAGUGGAUGGAAGGAGGUGGAGAAGAUAAUUUGAAUAUAACGUGGCUUGCAGUAGAUUUGGAAAAGAAAUUUCCAUAAAGGCACUAUUGAAGAGACAGAAGCAAAAACCGCAGUGCAAUGAAGGGUUUAUUGAUACAAGAUGAUGAUGAGCAGCUGUUCAAUGUUUGUCUACACCCUGUUCUCUAUCGUUACUAUAAAGAAAACUUGAAAGAAAUUCGCAGAAUGGUGAAACAGCAGGGUGCUGGAUUUUGGAUACAGUUUGUUACAUCUUUCCGCUCUUUCAUCUCAAAUUUUGAUCCGGGUAUAACUAAUGGAUGUGAAAGUCAUGAAGAAGAAUUUAUUGAUAUGCUAAAAAUGCUUACAACAGAGAACAGCUUCACAGCAUUCAUUUCAGUAAUUGAGUCGCUCCAUAGACUGCUUGUAUUGGUUGCUUCACAGCGUGGGUACUUCAUGAUGGCUGCACAAAUUAUGAGAGCACAUGCAAUAUCAGGUUUCCAUAAGCCACUUGACACAGUUCCAUUGUACAUAAGAUUUGUGGGUUCCGUUGUGGUACUAUAUCAACGUUGGAAACAUGCCCCUCAAAUCAGGUCACGCACUCCUCCAGCAAAAUGGAGUCCCCCUGCUCACUGGAGUCAACAGAAUGGCCAUGGUCCAAGUUUGUAUGAAUGCUACCUUCAUGAUCGUUGGGGAGAUAAAUUGUACAGAAUGAUUUGCAUGGACAAGGACUUGAUGAAGUUCUUUAAAUCACAUGAAGGUGAUUCCACUAGUGCUUCAAGUAAAAAUCAAAACAAAAUGGACAGUACCUACACCACAAGACCAAGGAGAAAUCGAAAAAGAGGUCAUAGAAAGAGAAAGGGUGGUGCAAAACGGCCUAGUGGCAUUCAGAAUGAGACUGUGGUAGAUAAUGACAGAGAAGAGACUGAUUCACCUGGUGCCAAAGACAGAUUUAAUGUAGAACAUAGUGCCAGAGAUGGAAGUAAUGCUCAAACUCAAAAUAAAAGUAGCAGUAUCAGGCAGGAACAAGAACCUGGUCCUUCAGCAGCCACUAGUAAUAAGACUGAACAAACUGACACGUUUAAGUACGGCAGGCUUUUCAAUUUUGGCAGGAGGAAAACACAUGAAGAAUCAGAUGGCAGUAAUGUGAAACAGAAUGCUCAAGAAAGAGAUGCAUCAUUCUGUGAAGCUGAACGGAGUGGUACUGUGAAUGUGACACAAAAAGAUUCCACAUUCAGGUACGAUAAACUGUUUAAUUUCAAUAAAAAGAGACAUGUAGAUGGAAAAGAGACUGAUUCACCUUGUGCCAAAGACAGCAGAUCUAAUGUAGAACAUAUUGCCAAAGAUAAAGGUAAUGUUAAAACUCAAAAUAAAAGUGGCAGUAUCAGUCAGAAACAGGAACAAAAGAAGGAACCUGGUCCUUCAGUAGCCACUAGUAAUAAGAAUGAACAAACUGACACAUUUAGGUAUGACAGACUUUUCAAGUUUGGCAAGAGGAAAACAUAUGAUGAAUCAGAUGGCAGUAAUGUGAAACAGAAAGCACAAGAGAGAGUUGCAUCAUUCUGUGAAGCUGAACAGAGUGGUACUGUGAAUAUGACACAGAAAGAUCCCACAUUCCGGUAUGAUAAACUGUUCAGUUUCGAUAAAAAGAGAGAAGCAGAUGGAAAUUCAGGGGGUGAAAGUGCUGCAAAAAAUAAACAAAAAGAAAAGGAACAUAUUUCUGCACAAAAAGGAUUACCAAUUGACAUAGAUGUGACAGGUAAAACUGCUAAGAGUUGCUUUUUCAGGUAUGACAGACUUUUCACUUUCAGUAACAAGGAACGUACUGAUCAGCCUGAUAGCAAAGUGGAUGCAAAUGCUGCUGGAGAACAUAUUGAAAUAAAAACUCAUCAAAAGAAAGGAAAUGUUCCUUCCACUACAGAUAAAGAACCAGCCUCUUACCACAGUGAUACUGCAGACUCAUUUAGGAGCAGUACUGAUGACCCAUAUGGAUGUGAUUCAAAGACUGAAAGUGAAGAUCCAAAGGAGGAUUAUAUUGGCUCUGAUAGAUUUUACAGAGGGCCAAGUUACCAUGCACAUUACAAGAACAGAGUGCCACAGCCAGUAUGGAAAUUUUUAAUGCAGAAAUGCAGGAACUGCAAUAUCCUGGAGAAGUACCCUGGAAUGUAUCAGGCAUGCAUGCGGUGUAUAUCAGAGGAAGUGCAGGAACCAAACAUAUAUUGUGGAGAACACUGUGGGCGUAAGUAUGAAUUUGACUCUUGGGCUCUUACAGUAGUUUUGAUCAUUUUCUUUAAUACAAGUCAUUUUGAUGAACAUAAUGCCUAUAUCAAUUGAUAUAAGGUUAUUUCCUGUUGUAAAGGGAAUCUAUGUGUUACUGAGUGAGAGACUGACAUACAAAUACCAUUGCAGCUGCUGAGUUCAUUGCUAGAAGUCACUUGACUCUUGUCUGACACAGUAAAUCUGUCGUAGGUACUGUCUUGUCUUAAUGUCUAGCAUUUCAAAUGUGAAAAAAAGAAAGCAUUCAUCAAAACUCAACAAAAAGUUUGGUUUUCACAUUUUAUAUUCUGUAUCACAAAAAAUUACUUUUGAUCGUCACGUAUUCAGCCAUGUUACAGCCUAUAUUGUUUGUUAACAAUAAAUCUUGGAUUAUUUGUGAUUGUGAAAGAGACCCAAAACAGUGGAUAACGGAAAAAAUCAUGUUAUCUCACACCGACUGUCAUUUUUAUCAAUAUCUGGAAUUUAUAUAUUUUUAUCUGAGAAUGAGACAAUUUUUAUCAUGUCAUUUUAAAAUUUCUGACAUAUCCUAGUAUCUCUAUAGAUGUGGUUAGUUUUGCACACAAGACACAACCUUAUUAUGGAAAUUAAGUUAUCAUGCAUAAGGCUGGCUUGAAAGAACCAUCAGAUGGUUUCACAUAAUGGUAACACUGCACUUUCAUUCAAGAGGUGUUCACUUAGCCUUUUGCCCAAGGUACUGCCUAACAAGAGUUUUGUUGUUUCAUCAGCCCAUUCAGGCAAAUACCUGGAUAGUAUCUCAAGCCAUGUCACUUCCUUCCAAAUCCUUUCCAGUUCAUCCAACUAUUUGACACUAUAAAAACAGCAACUGAGUCUUGGAAUAACUAUCCAUGGCUCCCUCCUCUACUCCAUGGAAAUGUAUGUAGGUAUACACAGCUUCAGGAGACUUGUGGUUGGUUAAAUUCCAGCUGCCAUCAGCAGUAACAUAUCACAAUGACAUAACCAGACGAGUAGUUACAGGACUGUAUCUGUGCCAUGUUUGACCAUAACAGAGCGCUAAAUUGGUGGUGUGGUAUUUUUAAUGUACAAGUAUCAGUCGACACAAAGUUCUGUAAAAAAUGAACCAAUACUACUGUGUUUGUAUUCGUUUGUGUGGAAAUACUGGGUCAUCAUUAGGCAGUUAUUACAUGAAUAUGGCACUCAUUAUUGGGUUGUUUACUGAUAUGGAUCCGGAUCAGUGAUUUAUAAAUUUUUUGUUAGGUUUUUAUAUAAUUUCAGUUGUUAAAUUUAAAUUCUAAAAAUGUACAUUUCAUUAAAAAUAAAAUACCAAUACAUAAGACUUAAUAUUUGCAGUUCUUCUGAUUAUUUUUGGGCCAAAAUGGUGUAUGUCCUUAUAGUAUGGGGCUUUCUUAGGAGUUGGCCUUGUUCUUUUUGAUUUCUUAGUAUAUCUAGAAGCAUAUUAUCAGCAUGUUAUUCCAUUUAAAAUUCAACUUCAUAUUACAAUUACAAUUUAAAACAUGGAAUUUUAAAUUUAAAUUCUUCUGUCUACUUUUAUCAUUCUAUAAAAUGAUGUAUGUUGUAUAGUAGGAGGGCUUCCUGAGAUUCGGAGUAGUUGUUUCUAAUUUCUUAGUGUAUCUACAAUAUUGUGUGAUGAUCUGUGUGGUGAUUUAUUCUAUUACUUCUUCAGAAUGGUUUGAGCAACUUUGAUGGAACCAUUUUAUGUGUUAUGUUGUAUCUUAUAUGGGAGUGCCCCAUCUUCCUGUUGUCAUUCCCUCGGUAUGGUUCUGUCUGCACUAGUGUGUAAUAAAUUCAUCGUCACUGCAAUACUGUUUAUAACAUGUUACAGUUAUUCCUUAUGUACAGCUAGUUCAUUAUUGAUACCACUUUGUAAUACAUAACAGUUCAUAUAGUGUGUAUAACACUUUGCAACUCUCUAUUCUUUCAGGUACUCACUGGUGGAAGCAACAUCACACUGAUCACAAAUAAACAUUUAGUAAUACACAUGCAACAUUUAUAAAAUGAUUCUAAGUGCAGUUAUCUUUCUCUUUAGAUCUAAUCACAUAUAACAUCUGAAAUUCAUAAAAGAUGUUUGAACUGUGUUUUUAUUGAUACAGUGUUUGAAAUAAGUUUUAUAAAAUAUGAUAUUUUUGUAUUACUGUGUGCUAAUCCAUGCAGUAUUGUUUUAAAUAUGUACACAAAAUAUGGGGUCUUAAUGGAAAAUUCAACAUUUAUUGUAAUUUGUUAUCUGAUGAGAGUUUGUAAUAUUCUAACAAGUCACAUACCCUGUGCUCAGUUACAUAAACAGAGUUCAUUAAUUUGUUUUUAAAACACUAUAUUAUCAUUUGCAUUUAAAGUAUAUACAAAUUUAUAUGUAUUCUAUAAUAAUGUGAUGGGCAGUACAGUGUUUCAGAAUUGUUAAAUGUGUUCAUUCUCACAACUUUAGUUAAUGAUUUUGUAAUAUGUACUGUUUAUAAUCACAGCUGAUUUAAAACCUCGAGUUGAUGUUGAUCCUGCUCGUGGGUAUUUGAAUCAUGCCAACAUUUCACAGGAACACACUGCCUCCAUCUCGAGGAUGAAAGUGAGUAGGAUGAAUGAGUAUGCCACAUAUCUGUACUGGUUCGGACUGGGCAGUAGCUACCACACCCCACCCCUCACUUGCCCUACCUAUUUUCACCCUGAAGAUGGAGGCAGCAUAUUCCUCUGAAACGGUGUAAGUACCACAGAAGCCUAAAAUUAAUAUCUCAAGUUUAUAAGAGAUUCUGCAAAACUUUGGAACUAAGUAGCAUGUUGGAUUUUGUAUGUUUUUUAAAUAUAGCCUACUUAGUAAUAAAGUAUUUAUUUUUUAUUCUUAGGGUUGGGUUACACUGAGACCCUUGGUACUUAAGCUAUAAAUGGCCUAUUGUGCUGGCCCCAGAUGAUGUGUAAGAGAAUUGACAGGGGAAACUGAAGCACUCAGAAAAAACCUGCUGCAGUCCUUUUUGUCCACCACAAAUCCCACAUGAAAUGACAUGGGAUUUAACCAAGGCUGCUGCAGUAAGAAUCCAGCAACUGACUGCCUGAGCUGUGGCAUGUCCCUAAUAAUGUCAUACAGCAUGACCGCUCAGUCAUGCUUAGGGUGAAAUCAAAAACAUAUUAGAUUUAUAGUAGGACACAUCACAAAUACAAUAACUUUGGAUUAUAUUCAGUACCAGAUAAUUUUGGAAAGUACUGCUGCAACUACUGGUUAGCAAGUACUGUAAUUUAAACAAGUUAAAUUUAUGUAGGUCAUUAAACAUGUAAAGAGAAAUAAAGUAAUGAAAUGAGCAAUUUGAUGUUGCCAGGAUUACAGUUGAAAUCCACCAAUAUAAAUACAGACUCAAUUAAAAUCCUCACUGUAGUCUAAGAUUGCACAUCUACGCUUUAGAGGAUGCACUCAGUACAAGCAAUAUAUUUCUGUUUGGUGGAAAAAUUAUUUGUAUGUCUUUAAUCUUUUAUUUUAAAAAUCCUAUACUAUGCAUUUCCCAUAUUUAGUAAAUUUAUAUGUAAUUCAAGUUAAGUGUUAAACUUCAGGAAUAUUGUUAAAGAGUCCAAAAGGAACAACAGGGUUUGUUAGCAAUGUGUAAUUAGUAUUGUUUUGUAGGAGAAAUUAUAUAUUAAUUUUAUAAAAAUGUACAUAAGAAACUUCGAAAAUUAUUUGCCUGUGUAAUAUAGCAUCAUUGUGAAAUAUGAUGGUUACUAAAGGAACACUAUACCAUUUUACAGAAACUUUGAUAUUUAGUUUCAGUUUUGUACCAGUUGUCUCUUACCAUGAUAAAUGCAUAUCCUGUUCAGCUUGUUUUAUAUAAAAUAUGAUUCUAGUAGAACUAUGUAAAACUGUUAGCAGAUGAAUAUCACUGAUUUGAAAAAUUAAGUUCAUUAUUUAGCAUGUCUCAACACUCUGGAAGCUUAUUAAUAUAUUGUGAUUUUCUAAUGCAGUCACUGCUUGCAGUCAAGAGAAAUUAUGCAGAGCAUGACCACAUUUAUUCACAUUGUGUAUUUGUUGCACUUUAUAUGUCCACUUAGGCUGGGGCCACACGAGCGCACAAAAUGCGUCCGUUGUAGAAAUAAACAGAGGUGAAUGCUACGCUUGCUUCUGGCUCCACUGCAGACAAAAAACUAUGCACCGCAUUCUGCAACUGUGUGGUGUCCUCAGCAACGUCCGUCAUAAAGUACGUUUGUUGCAACGGAUGUACUUCGUGCGCUUGUGUGGCCCCAGCCUUACACUUUGAGUGCAGCAGUUAUGUGGGAACUACAGUAAGUCCAACCCAACAGUUGGAAGAAACUUCUGAGUACUCCUGUUUGUGAUAGCUAAUGGUUUCUUGUCUGUGCCAUAUGAUCAGUUUAUAAAACUAAAGUACUUUAUUAGUAUAGUCAUUAGGCAUCCUGUGGAAGAGUGAAGAUGUUUUGACACAUCAUCCUUACUAGUCAUUCAUGCCCUCCUUUGAAUCUGAUGUUUGGCUGUAUUACCUUAAUUUUAAGCUGAAAUAUUUUGUGAAAAAUGGUGAACACAGUGUUAUUUUCUCAUCCCUAUAUUAGUAUAUGUAUGACUACCGUUUUUCUGCCUUGAAGUGCCCACCUGUUUCAGUUCUUCCGUCUGUCGUCUUUAAGCAUACAUUUACGUAGGUUACUAUAAUCUGAAGUGUCCUAAUUUUGCUGAGGAUUAGUCCAUGAACUCUUGCAUAGGAUGUUCAUUUCUCUGACAGUGUCCUGAAAUGAGAACAUGAAUACACAGUGAGUUUCUCUUUGUGAACUGCAUCUAUGUUAUGUCUUCUUGCUGUCUUAUGUUUUAUAUUAGGAUUAUACACGUAAGUUGGUUACCCAGUGGAAAUUAUUUGGCCAGUAAAAUAUUUUGUACAGAAAAAUAUUAAUUAUUAUAAUGUAAAAACUAACAUGUCACACCAAGUCUGAAACUACUUAAUCUGUUGGAACCCAUCAAUAUAAAUAAGUAUGAAUUAUCUUGUUUGAAUCAUUACGAAACACACUGUCAAGCGUCAUUUAGAUUUUUGAAGUCUCAGUUCCUAACUAUUAAAAGAUGUGCCUGUCAGUUUUGCAUGUGUUGCAUAAUGACUAGAUUGUGUGCAUGCAUGUGCACAUGACUUUCAAUUUCUGAAGUGGAGCUGCCAGUUCUCCUACAGCUGAGAUUAUUUCACAUUCACAGUUGUCAGUUUUCCAGUAGUCGAGUUGUAUUGAGCCAAAGAACACGGUUAUGCACAGUUACAAAUCCAUACUGUUGUUUUAGAGUUAAAGCCUUCAAUCCUCUAAAUUUUCAGUGAUUAAAAUUUUGUAAUGUUUUUAUAUUGAUAUUAUAAUUAUUUUUUGUCUUAAAUGAAAGCACAGUAAGGUGACAGUUUAACCUCUUUCAGCAAGAGACUGUUGGCUCAGGGUAAUGACAGAAGCACAAUUCAUAAAGUUACAAAAGUAGAAUUGUGGUAGAUAGCAGAAACCUGAAGCCAGUAAGAGACACUUUUAACUAAAUGGUACAUAUAGAAUAAGCUAAAUUAAGGUUGAAUUUCUUGAGAAACUAAUGACCUAUAAAUAAUUUAUGCAGUCAUUAAUAUGUUCAACUGAUUAAAUGAUUAAUUCUAACAUCAUCAUUUACACAUUCAUUUAAAUGUAAAAUAAAACUUAUGAGUCAAUAAAUGCAGACAAAUCCUUCAUCAGUGUGAUGGCUGCGAAGUAACAGAAUUUGUAAUUAUAUCUUCACAUUUCUCAACUGCAAAAAUCAGGUAUUCUUCCAAUUGUAAGAAUGAUAAGUUGCCCUUUCUUGUUUUUCCACAUGCAGUUGUCGUCCUCAUACAAUAUGUUUAUUCAAAUUGAAGUAAUCUUAAUUGAUUUGAGAGAUUUUAUUUAGGGUUUAGUUUUUGUUGUCCCUUUCAUAUUUAGUGUUUGAUAUUUUUUAAUUAACGUUUACCUGUUAGAUUAUUGUUUCACUGUAUAUUCUUUUUGUUGCUUUAUUGUUUUGUCACUUAUAUUAAAUCCAUGUAGGAUAUGCUAUUAUGUAUGGCCAAAUAUUACAGUGAUUAGACUUGUGCUUAAUAUUGAGGAGAUCCUUUGUUCAAACCUUGGUGUACAGACAAUCUAUCCUGAGUUCUCUCUUUCUGUGCAUGUCCCCCCCCUCACUUCCCCUAGGAAACAGCACCAUGGUCAGUUUCUUCUACAGCCUUAUCAUUUAUUUUUGGUGCCUUUCAGUGCUGGGUAACAUGUGCAGUUGGUAGUGCCAUAA